CUUUUCGGAUUUCGAAUUUACCAUUAUAAGGAGUCAAAAGAAAAAUGUCUCCAAAAAUUAGCCAAGCAUCAAAAUUUCCAAUUAUAAAUUGGAUUAUAAAAAAAUCAUUACAUACAAAUCAAUUAUAUAAUAAAUAUAUUACAAAUAGUGAAUUAGUACAUCGUUGUGUUAUGUAUGGUAGAUCAUCAUAUCAAAAACGACCAAAUGAUCCACGUUUACCAUCAAAUACAAAAUUUGGUAUUACUUAUUUAAAUCUAAAACAACAACAACAACCACAAUUAAUAUCGAAUCCAGAUUUUGAUAUGGAUAAUGUUGAACAAAAACGUGGUGCUAUUUCAAAAGCAAUGAAAGUAUAUUUGGAACGUGCUCGCCAACAUGGUGAAUUUAUACAAGAACAAGAACAUGAAUUUGAAAGUGGUCGACGUCAUUUGGCCAAUAUGAUGGGUUUACAGAUUGAUUCAUUGAAUCAAAAUGAUAUUGAUGAUGCAAUUAAAUAUUUAAUGCCAUCUGGUUUAUUUGAUCCACGUGCACGACCACGAAUGAAACCACCAAAAGAAAUCUUUCCUACAAUUAAACAGGCACAAUUUAGUGCCGAUGGUCGUCCUUAUCAUUCAUUAUUCUAUACUAGUCGUGCUAAUUUUUAUCAAACUUGUUUUGAUAUUGAAGAACAAAUGAAUCGUCUUAAAGAUUAUGAAGAUAAUCAACUUCGUACCGGUAUUAUUGAUCCACCAAAUGAUUCUAAAGUAGACUUGAAAUCUUCUGAAUGGUUAUCAGUAAAUGAAAUGAAAACAAUGUUUUUAGAAAAACUUGAAGAUUCAAAAUAUGAAGCUUUAAUUAUAGCAUUGGAAAGUUUAGCCAAUCAACCAUAUUCAAAAUUAUGUCAAGAUUUUUUAAUGAAAUUUCGUAAAGAAAUUAAAGCUGCUGUUGAAAUUAUGGAAAUACCACCGUUGAUGUAUGAUCAAGAUGGUCGACCAUAUAUGAAUGCAAUUGGUCGUCGUAAACUUUGUGUUGCAAAUGUUACUGUUCGUGGUAAUGGUACUGGAAAAGUUGAUAUUAAUGGUCAGGAUAUUCUUUAUUUUGAUUUCAUACAAGAUCGGGAACAAGUAAUGACACCAUUAAAAUUUUGUGGUCUACUUGGUAAAGUUGAUAUUGAAUGUCGUACAACACAUUUAGAAUAUACACGUGAAUAUAGUGAAGAUUCACCACCAUUUUUAUAUGAUGUUCGUGAAUUAGGAACAUCUAGUCAAUCUGGUGCUAUACGUUAUGCAUUAUCAUUAGCAUUAAGAAGUUUUGUUGAUAAAGAUAUAUUGGAAAAAAUGCGAUUAGCUGGUCUUUUAUCCAAUGAUAUACGUGUAAAAAAUAGAAAACUUUGGGGACAAGAAGGUGCUCGACGAAAAUAUACAUGGAAAAAACGUUAAAAAAAAAUCUGGAAAACAAAAUUCCUUUUUUUUUGUUUUGGAUAUACUUACAGUAUGGAUUUGUUUUGAAAAA